UAGUCUGAUAUAUCGUGAUCAACUUUAUCCUUCUUCUCCAUCCAAAUUCCCAUUGGUUUUCUUUUUUUCCUACUCUUUACCCCGAAUAAUGGUGAACCCAAACAUCUGGCGAGAAGCAAAAUCGGAUUUGGAGUCGAACGAAGGUCUCAAAACCCUAGACCCUUCAUCUGCUUCUUCCACCGAUGCCACAAGAUCAUCCGUUGACGCGACCCAACCCGAUUCUUCUUCCCCUCGCCCUCGGUCUACUUCUUCCUCUCAAGGCCUCGCUUCUUCUAAGAGUCGAUGCGCGAUUUGCUUGGAUGAGAUUAGAGAGAAAGACGGAAAGGCGAUAUUUACUGCAGAGUGCACCCACUCCUUCCAUUUCGAUUGUAUAACCUCCAACGUGAAACACGGAAACCGAAUUUGCCCUAUAUGUAGAACUCACUGGAAACAAGUCCCUUUGUGUGUUGAUGAUCCUGUCCCUACUUUUCCGGCUCAAGUGGGUUUUGAAGAUGAUGAGUUUUUACCUCACGGAGAGACGACCCUAAUCCAGAGUGAUGAUGGUUCUUCAGGAACAUCUCAUCCUCAUCAAGCCCUCGAGAUCAAACUGCUCCCACAAGUCUCUGCAGUCAAGAAAUCGGUCACUCGUGGUGAUUUUGCUGUUCUGGUUCAUCUCAAGGCGGAGGGUGUGAGUGAUGAUAGGCCCACUCGUGCUCCUUUGGAUCUCAUUACGGUUCUUGAUGUGAGUGGUAGCAUGGAAGGCAUGAAAAUGGAGCUUAUGAAAAACGCCAUGGGUUUUGUGAUUCAGAAUCUUGGUGAGAAAGAUAGGCUCUCUGUGAUUGCCUUCUCCUCCACGGCUCGCCGGCUAUUCCCUCUUAGACUGAUGUCUGAGACGGGCAAGCAAUUGGCUAUCCAGGCUGUUAACUCCUUGGUCGCUGGAGGUGGGACUAACAUUGCAGAGGGGCUAAGGAUUGGUGCUAGAGUGAUUGAAGGUAGGCGAUGGAAGAACCCUGUUUCAGGGAUGAUGCUUUUGUCAGAUGGGCAGGACAACUUCAUUCUUGCUCAUUCUGGGCUCCGUCUACGAACAGAUUACGAGUCUUUGCUUCCUAGCUCUAGCCGGAUUCCAAUACAUACCUUCGGGUUUGGCUCAGAUCACGAUGCUGAGCUAAUGCACACAAUUUCACAAGUCUCUAGUGGCACCUUCUCAUUCAUCGAAACAGAGACUGUGAUUCAGGAUGCUUUUGCACAAUGCAUUGGAGGGCUUCUCAGCGUUGUGAUUCUUGAACAAGUUGUUGAAAUCGAAUGCAUUCAUGAGCAGGGCCUGAAAAUUUCCUCCAUAAAAGCAGGAAGCUACAGAAAUCGGAUAUCAUCUGAUGCAAGAACCGCGACAAUCGAUGUCGGGGACAUGUACGCAGAAGAAGAAAGGGACUUCCUCGUGAUUCUUGAAAUUCCGUGCUGGGAGAACGGGUCUGCUGAAUCUGAAUCCAUGUCGUUGUUGAAGGUCCGAUGCGUCUACAAAGAUCCUGUUAGAAGAGAGAUAGUCCGUGUGGAAUCAGGAGAGCUAAGCAUUCAAAGGCCAAACGAGCUUACGGGAGAAGAAGUGGUGUCCAUAGAAGUUGACAGGCAACUAAACAGGUUCCGUAUUUCACAAGCUAUUUCAGAGGCUAGGGUUUUAGCCGACGGAGGUGAGCUCAGUGCAGCAAUUGAGCUUCUCGGAAACCGUGAGAGAGAAUUGUCGGAAACUGUGUCUGCUCGGUCCAGUGAUAGGCUUUGUCAAUCACUAUCCUCCGAGCUGAGUGGGUUGCAAGAAAGAAUGGCGAGCAGGAGGACGUACCAGAGAUCAGGUCGAGCUUACGCCUUCUCGAGCAUGAGUUCGCAUUCAGCUCAAAGGGCAACGGCUCGUGGUCCGGUAGCAGCGGGAUGUAGCAUGCCCCAGGCUUAUCAGACCUCUUCAAUGGCUCGUAUGGUAAGUCGGUCUCAGCAACUGGGGCCUAAAAGCUCUAACCCGUCCCCUGCUCGUGGAGACGGAACCUGAAUAUAACAGAAAGACUAAUAAAAUGGGUUUCGAUGAUUGCUUAUUUGCUUGCUUUAUAUGGUUUGGUUAGUGUGAAGAGAGAAAUUGAGUUGGUUUGUCUGAUUCAGGAACAUGGUUUCACUGCUUUUCUUUUAAACUGCUGGUUUUCCGUUUAUGAUUUAUUGCUGAACUUUUUAAUAUCUUUUUAGGUUUUAUUGUGGUCUCGACUCGUAUAAUGGAACAUGUACAACCAUCUUUUUGUUGGGACCUUGGAUAAUAUUUUUUUUAAA